UAAAAAGUGAAUGGUAAUAAUUGAGUUAUGUCGUGCUUCAAUAUUUUAUAAGCAUAGUUCAUAUUUUAAAUAUUUUUGCAUUCAUAAAAUUAUUUUUAAGCAAUUCAUACACAAUCAUGUGUAUUAGAUUUUUAUUAUUGAUAAAUAAAUUUUUUAUUAUUGAAAAUGUUAAAAAAUAACUAAUUAACGAAUUAAUUUUUAUCUUUCGUUAGAGAAAUCGAUUUUAAAAAAUAUGAUGAAAGUAUUUUUCAUAUUUUUUAUUUUCAUUGCGUCCCUGGGCAUUAUUAGUGGAGCCAAUAUUCUUGGCGUAUUCCCAGUCAAUGGUAUGAGUCAUUGGAUAGUGUAUGAAAGUAUAUUGAAAACUUUAGCCGCACGAGGACAUAAUAUAACUGUUAUUACUUCAUUUCCUCAAAAAUCCCCAGUACCAAAUUAUAUAGAUAUCGAUGUGUCUAAUAUAUUACCACAUGAUGUAAAUUCAAUGAACAUGGAUUUAGUUCAAAAUGUAAUAUCUAAUGUACAUUUAAAUCAAAAAUUUAUUGCACAACACCAGUUGGAACUUUGUCAAGGGCUGAUAAAAAAUCCACAUGUGCAAGAUCUUCUACAAAGUGAUAUCAAGUUCGAUGCGGUAUUUACUGAAAUUUUUGGUGCAGACUGUGAUGUUGGUUUUGCAUAUCAUUUCAAAGCGCCUUUGCUAUCAGUUAUGUCAAGUUAUCCUCUACCUUGGAGUUAUAAUCGAAUUGGAGGACCCGAUAAUCCAUCUUACAUACCAACUAUUGUAACCAAGGCAGUUGGGAAAAUGAACUUUAAACAACGAGUCAUUAAUACAAUUUAUUAUAUUUAUUUUAAAAUAGCGUGGAAGAUUUUUAGUGAAUGGCCAGCUGAUAAAUUUUUAAAAGAAAUAUUUGGUCACAAUACUCCAUAUAUUAAUGAUAUAAUUUACAACACUUCAAUGAUUUUUACAAAUAGCCAUUUUUCAUUUGAUGGAGCACGACCUUUAGUACCUAAUAUGGUGGAAAUUGGUGGUAUACAUAUUCAACCACCAAAAAAAAUACCUAGAAAUAUUUUAAAAUUUAUUGAAGAGUCACCAAACGGAGUUAUGAUUUUUACAUUUGGUUCUAUGGUUCGCGUGUCAACAAUAUCAAAGCACAUACUUCAAAUAUUUAAAGACGUUUUUUCAAAAUUGCCUAUUAGAGUUUUAUGGAAAUACGAAAAAGAAAUGCCAGAUAAACCUGAUAAUGUGUUUAUUAGUCCUUGGUUGCCACAAAGAGAUAUUCUAAGUCACUCUAAAGUCCGCAUAUUUAUGACACAUGGAGGUCUAAUUGGUACUAUUGAAGCUAUUCAUUCAGGUGUACCAGUUAUUGGGAUUCCUCUAUUUUUUGAUCAGCUAGGAAAUAUACUAAAACUUGUCAAUCAAGGUUCUGGUAUCUUACUUGAUUAUGAAUCUAUUACAAAAGAUUCACUUUAUAAUGCCAUUAUGACUAUGAUUAAUAAUAACAGCUAUUUUAUGAAUGCACAAAAAUUAUCCCAAAGGUAUAAAGAUAGACCACUCAAUCCAACGGAAACUGUAAUUUACUGGACUGAAUAUAUAAUUAAACACAAAGGUGCCAGACACUUACAAACAGCGGCAAUCGACAUGCCUUGGUGGAAAUACUUUUUGAUCGACACUAUUAGUUUUAUUGUACUUUUUGUGUGUUUAGUACUUUAUUUAAUUUAUGUUGUUCUCAAAUCAAUGUAUCGAUUUUUUACUAAAAAAGUAAUACUAAAAAAUAAAAUAAAUCAAAACUAAUUAAAUCCAAAUUUAUAAUAAAAUUAUUAUAUGAGUGUGAUCUUUUGGUAAAUGUUAGUCGGCAACUUUAUAAUGAGGGCAUUGAAAAUUCACACUAAGAUAGAUAAUAAUAGGCUAACUUUAAAAAAAAAAAUUGCACAUCGAUAAAAACUGAUCAAAGAACUAAAAUUAAUGUGACAAAUAUAAAUAUAGUUAACAUGAAUAUUUCAGAUAUGUCUCUAAAAUUAUGAAUAUACGUAAAUAUUGAAAUAAUAGAUAAUUAUAAAUUUUAAAUUAAUUUUCUAAAAGCAAAAAUAUUAAUGAAUUUUGAAUUUGGAUUUAAUCAGUGGUUUAAAUCCAAAAGCUAAUAAGUAACAAAAUGCUGUUUUGGGAUUAUUAUAGAUACUUUUAAAAAAGGUUUUACUUCUCAUCCAUCAUAAAAUAUUAUGUUAAUUUAAACGAUGGUGGGAGAGUAUAUUUUUGUACUUAAAAAACGUUUAUUUCCAUUCUAGACUCACUUUAUAUUUUAAAUUUGUGUCUCCUGAAAAAUUGUUAAAAUUAACUUAUCAGCUUUUGGAAAAAUGCUACACAAUUUAUUAUCAUUUACAAUUUCUAGUAGCCUUCAAAAAGAAGCUAAUUUUUAAUAAUAUACGUUUUUUUAAUCCAAUUUUAAAUAAAUUAUUUUUAAUAUUU